AUGGAUAUCGCCGAGGAGAUGACUGCCAUGGCGGCCGUGGGUUUGCUGGCAUUCUCGCCUCAAGAUGAAGAGGGGAUCGGACUGCAGUGUUCUCGGGAAGCAUUGGUAUCUUCGCUUGAGCGGGAUCUGCAGGGGCCGCGCGUCCGAGUGACACUGCAAGGACUCUAUGACAUGCUUGUCGAUGGCGAGCACAGUCACCGCGCGGCUGUCGGUGAAGUCCUCGACACGGUGUCCUGGGAAGCCUUCGGGCUCGUGGUGGGUUGCCUGGAGCGGUUUGCCACCUCCCCUAGCCCUAACAGCAGCGGCAGCGUCACGGGUACUUUCGAGAAGUCAUCGGAUGAGGCGGAGACGCUAACAACGUCGCGCGACGCGGACGAUUGCGCCGCCCUGUCGGAGGGGUUGGCCUUGGCAAUGGCGGAGAUUUUCAGCCCGAAGGAGCUGCACCUCAUGACGCUUGAGCACCUCCACGCCUAUACCAAAGCAAGGACUGUACGCGUGGUUCUGACAAUCCUGCGGCGCAGCACAGAACGAAUGGCAACUGCACGCCGGUCGAAGUUUUUGGAGGCUUCUUUGCGACCAGCGCUCAAAGCGGCGAAACGCGUGGGUUUGGUUGCGGCUGCCGGCGACGCACCGGCUGAACCCGGACUACGGCAAAAAUCGAGCGGGAGUGAUGCCGAUGAAGAUCCCGACGACGAUGGCACUGGUCGGGAUAGAGGAGAAGAACCACCGCCACCGCCGCCGCUGCUGCCAACAGCGGAUGGAGACAUGCCCUCGAGUGCGGCGUACGACGCGGCCGCCUCCGCCGCAGAGACCGCAGCCGACUUCAUCGGUCCCCUGAUGGAGCAGGCAAGCGCGGAACGGGCGCUGCUCGCGGUUUCGGGGCUUCCAACGGCGGGACGCGGAGAAGGCAGGCCGGCGGCGGCGGCGGUGGCGGCGAGCGCCGGGGGGAGUGGCCACGCCGUCGGGUCUGGGGAAAAAGAAGGCGUCUCGGCGUCAGAUCUGUCGCUGGCGGCGUACAUAGGCUUCGCGCUGUCGGCGUUGGAGCUCGCGGGGGAGACGUCGGUGUGCUGCACGGCAGCUGCCGCAGCCGCUGCUGCCGCCACAGGCUCUGAAGAUAACCCCGCGGCGGGGGAAUCGCUGGCAAGAGCCGAGGAGCGGCUGAUCGGAAUCGUCGUCGAUAGCCCCCUCGACCUGCGGUUCGCUCUGCUCCACGGGUGCCGAGUGUCCUACGCGAGCGGGGUUAAGCGGAGGAGGAGAAAGAGCGAGGGCGGUGGAGAAGAGGGGAAGUCGCAACUGCCGGCAGCGAGGUUAGGCGGGGCGGUUGGGCUUGCAGAGGCUGCCGUUAACGGUGCUCUGCCGUGGACGCUCCGAGGGGUGUCGACCCUCGCAUACCUGGUCGCCUGCGAGCCGAGGCUCCGCGACAAGUGGCUCCCCCUGGUGUGGUCACGGCGGACGGAACGCCGGCUGUUUCUUCCGCACGCGGAGGUGCUGAUGCGGGACAGGUCGAGGCGUGUCGCCAACAAAGGGUUGGAGCUGGCGUGCUUCGUGGCCGAACGCCUCGGGGGGUUUCCCGAUCGCUCGGGCGCCUAUGCUUUUGACUGGGAACCCGGGGACGAAGAGAUCGACGGUGCGGGUGAUGACGGCGGCGGAGGCGGUGCUUGGAAUGGCGGGGGCCGACAAGAGGUCUUGGUCGACGUGAUGGUGUCCUGCCCGCUGCCUGGCCUCCGCACUCGCGGGCACGCGGCCCUCGUGGCGAUCCUGAGCGGCGCCGACGAAGCCUCCCGCUUCCGCUUGCUGAGGCGCCUGGUGGAGCUGUGCCCCUGGCCGAACCUCCUGAGGGCGUGCAGGAGAGGGCCGCUUGCGUCACUGAUGGCGGACAUGGACAGCCGUACCGGCGGGCUGGCGCUGGCCCGGUACGCGCACAAGCUUGACGCCGUCGGCGGCGCCCGGGCGGAUAGUGGUAGGGCGGAGGCCGGGGCGGCGUGGGGUAGGCUCGGGCUUCGCGAGCCGAAGAAGCUGCUGCAGAAUAGACUGCUCGUGCAGGGGUUGCUGGACGAGCUGCGAGGAGCUGUGAUCACGGCCAACAACGCUGGACCUGAGCACUUCCGGCUCUUCAUUCUCGAGGACGCUGCGCAGCAAUGCCUUCAGGAGCUUGAGCUGGCGGUAGUAUAA